AUGGCAACCGCGCAGAUCAAUGUGGCGUAUUCGCUUGCAUUUCCUGCACCCAGUGUCCUAGCUCACCAACACCAUGAGUAUGAUAUCGUGGUAGUCGGGGGUACAUCAGCGGGAUACUCUGCAGCGAUCCAAGCCGCACGGCUAAAUCGGUCGGUUGCUCUUCUUGAGACCUCGAAGCACGUUGGAGGAAUUGCCAUCGAGGGUGCAGGCGGGACGGACAUUGAUUCUCAGAGUUCCUUUCAGAACUCGGUGACAGUUGGUCCUCUCGCGCUCGAGUUCUACCGACGCGUCGCCGCCCGGUAUAACAACACGGAUGCCUUUGAUGAGGCGUGGAGAAACCACACCAAAGCUAAAAAUUUGUGGCGAUUUGAAUGCCAUGUUGGACAGUCUGUGAUUGAAGACUGGCUUGCCGAAGAAGAAUAUCUAGAUGUCUUUCUAGAGACUGCUCUCAAGGGGGCCGGGAAUGGUGACGGAGUAUCUAAGUCAGGUACAGCAAUCAGUAUGAUUGAGACAGAAGAAGGGAAUACUUUCUCUGCCCACUACUUCAUUGAUGCGACUUAUGAAGGAGAUCUUCUUGCUGCAUCAGGUGUGCCUUACACCAUUGGCCGUGAAUCCAUUGUCCCCUACAAUGAAAGUCUCGCUGGAGUUCAGUACAACACCACUUUCUCGCAGCUUACCGUUAAGGUUGAUCCAUAUCUUGUUCCCGGCAACACAUCAAGUGGACUGCUUCCCACCGUUCAAGAUCAAGCUCUUGGAAAGGCGGGCGCUGGUGAUAAGAAUAUACAAGCCUAUUCGUGGCGACUGUGUCUCACAAAUAAGACAUCCAAUCUUGUGCCUUUCGAUCGGCCGAGCAACUAUGACCCCUCACAGUACGAGAUUUACAAAAGAUAUGUUGCAGCCGGUGGAGAAAUCUUCAAACCAAGCGUUGUGUUACCAAAUGACAAGACGGACAUGAUCGGUAUUGCCACAGAAGGGCUUGGCUUUGACAUGCCGGGACGCACGUUGGAGUAUCCCGAGGGAAGCCACGCUGAGAGAGCGAAGCUCUUUGAUGACUUGGCUCAGUGGCAGAAAGGGUUGCUUUACUUCCUCGCAAAUGACGAAUCAAUGCCGAGUACGACUCGUACUGAAUGGUCAAAAUGGGGCUAUCCCAAGGAUGAAUUUGUGGACAACGAGCAUUUCCCGCGAGCGAUGUAUGUUCGUGAUGCAAGACGGAUGAUGAGAGAUGAUAUCCUGAUCACGAUGCACAACUCACAAUAUGGCUACCCCGAAGUUGCAGUUGUGGAUCCCAUCCUCACCAAUCUAUGGCCGAUUGAUAUACACUCAACCCGACGCAUUGUGCGAAACGGAAGUAUCUACGACGAAGGUUUCAUAUGGAAGCAAGGACCUGACUGGAAACCAUGGUUACUGUCCUACCAAGCAAUCGUGCCCAAAUCUUCUCAAUGCAGCAACCUCUUUGUCCCCACGGCUCCUUCUAGCAGUCAUCUCGGUUUCAGCUUACUCCGCAUCGAGCAUACCUUUAUGACUAUGGGGCAAGUCAGUGCAUUUGCAGCAGAUAUUGCAAUCAAAACAGCGGCAAACAGCUCACAGGAAGUUGACUACAAGCAACUACGCGAGAAGCUCGAUGCUGCUGGCUUCCUGUUGGAUGCGAAUGCUGAUGAUCUUCCAGAUCGUGUCUCAAACACCUGA